CUCUAAAUUGAUUACCGUUUUCUGUCUUUCCCUCUUAUCCAUGGGCUGAUUGGCGUUCUUGCUUCCGGUGGACCUCUUAUCUCUUGAACGGGAAGAGGAAUAGGUGUUUAAGGGCUGCCUCCCAGAGCAGCGUGGAGAGUCUAGAGACUUAUGCAAAGUUCAAGGACUGCAAUACGGGUCCUUAUUAAACCUCUUUCAAGCUCCUUUCUUCAGGCUAUGUUUUUGCAGGUUUUGGUUGCUACCAUCUGAAUUUCUUCUGGAUUUGGCAUGACUUGUCCUAUAUAAUCUUGGAGUUGCAUUGUCCUAUAUGAUCUUGAAGUUGCAUUGCUGUUGUCCUUGAGCUUUUUUUUUCCUUAAAUACCCAAAGAUUGUCAUAGUUUCUAUUCUUUUACUUUGCACUAUUCUCAAAAGAACUUUAUCAACUUAAUUUUUCUACCAUUACUUGAAAAACCGAGCAUUCUUGAGUUUUCAAAUUGGUGUAAGUUAGAUGAGACUGCUGGGAAAUAGACUCUUCUCUGAUACAGCUUACAAAUCCUCCUAGGUGACUUGAGGGAACAAAGAUGUCAUCUGUAAUCUUCACAUCCUCAAUAGCUCCAAACUCAGUUGUUAACAGAUUCAAGGUACACAAUUUGGUAUAUCAGAAGAAUUCUUUGUCCAAUCCCAGGUUUUCCAUUGUUCAUUACAAAUGUUCAUGGGUUAGUGUGGUAGAUAUAUGUAAAAUCUUUGGAAACAAUUCACGCAGUAUUCAAAACUUAACUGCAAGAGAUUCCAUGGACCCUAAAAAUCAGAGGUUCACUGAUGUAUCUUUGGAUUGGGAAGAUCAAGAGCAAGAAGACCCUGAAGAUAUAGGGUCACCAUGGAAUGGUGCAUUAAUUUACAAGAGAAACCCUUCAAUUUCACAUUUAGAGUACUGUACAACCUUGGAGAGGCUGGGGCUAGAGAAACUUUCAACUGAGAUUUCAAAGUCAAGGGCUUCAAUUAUGGGAUUACGUGUCACAAAAGCUGUGAAGGAUUAUCCACUUGGAACUCCUGUUCAGAUCUCCAUUGAUGUGACAAGGAAGAAGCAAAAGUGGAGGCUUGAUGGGAUUGUUAAGACUGUUAUCACUCUAGAUUGCAACAGGUGCGGUGAACCAACUGCCAAGAGCAUAUUUUCCAGCUUCUCUCUAUUACUAACCGAGAAACCCAUUGAAGAACCAGAGAUUAUCAAUAUGGGAGUGAUCUUUGGUGAAGAUAGAUUUAAAUCUUCUAUGGCAAGUGGUGAGGAAGAAGAAGAUGAUGAUGAUGCAUCAAUCGAUUGGGAUGACAGGUUGCACUUUCCUCCUGAAGAAACGGAAGUUGAUAUUUCAAAGCAAAUAAGAGACCUAGUACAUGUAGAAAUUACCAUCGAUACAAUAUGUGAUCCAAGCUGCAAAGGUCUGUGCCUCAAGUGUGGUACAAAUUUGAACACUAGUAGUUGUAGCUGUAGCAAAGAGAAGAAUAAAGAGACAAGUUAUGGCCCUCUUAAAGAUCUGAGAAAACAAAUGCAAUCAAAAGACAAGAAUGCAUAGUGCGCCAUUGUAAGCAAGGUCCUUGACUGCAAAAUCUUUCUCAGUCGCCUCCAAACCCACAACACUUAUUUGCAUCAGAUUGAUAAAUUUGCUUUUCUGGCCUAAAUAUCCAAGAAAAUGUCUGAAAGCAUAUAUAAAUUUUUGCUUGAUGUUUCAA